GUCUGAGGCGCGCGGCUGGCGAGGCGGCCGCGGAGCUCGGUGCGGCGCGGCUUGGCGCGGCCAUGGCGGACUCCACGCAGAACGGGCCCGCGCAGGGCGGCGGCGGAGCGGUGCAAUUUCUGAUGGCUAACAAGUUGGAUACAGCAAUGUGGAUUUCCCGCUUGUUCACUGUUUACUGCUCAGCUUUAUUUGUCCUGCCUCUUUUAGGGUUGCAUGAAGCAGCAAGCUUUUAUCAGCGUGCCUUGCUGGCAAAUGCUCUAACCAGUGCCCUCCGACUGCACCAAAGGCUACCACACUUUCAGCUUAGCAGGGCAUUUCUGGCUCAGGCUUUGUUGGAGGACAGCUGCCACUACCUGUUGUACUCUCUUAUCUUUGUUAAUUCCUACCCUGUUACAAUGAGUAUUUUCCCAGUUCUGCUGUUUUCUUUGCUCCAUGCUGCCACAUAUACAAAGAAGGUUCUUGAUGCACGAGGUUCAAAUAGUCUGCCCUUUCUGAGAAAUCUUUUGGAGAAACUGAAUGCUAAUCAACAGAAUAUUCUAAAAUUCAUUGCUUGCAAUGAAAUUUUCCUGAUGCCAGCUACAGUUUUUAUGCUCUUUAGUGGACAGGGGAGUCUGCUCCAACCGUUCAUUUACUAUAGAUUUCUUACGUUACGCUACUCUUCUCGGAGAAACCCGUACUGUCGGACUCUCUUCACCGAGCUGAGGAUUGUUGUUGAACAUCUAAUAAUGAAGCCUUCAUGCCCUGUUUUUGUAAGAAGACUAUGCCUGAGCAGCAUUUCCUUUAUAAGCAGAUUGGCACCAACUGUUGCGUAGCCAACUUUCAGGCAUUUAUAUAAUGUGAACGUUAUGAGCAGCUGGCACAUCUGCUGAUGAUUAUAAAUUCCUGGUUUUUACACUGAUCUCACUCCAGGCUGUAGAAAAAUAUGUAUAUGCUUCUCUUGGAGGUAAUAUGAAACUUAUCAUCUCAAAAGCAAGUCUUGGAAACUUAAAAUUACUUUGUUGUAUUACUAAUUGAUGCAAAGUAGCCUCAUGUUAUCCAAAACAUGCUAAGAGGGAUAAAGGCUGAUCAUAUGGAAUUGUUUCUUAAAAAUCAUAGGUUGUUUAAGGUUGAUUAAAAGGUCUUUUUUUGUUUGUUUUAAGGAGUCUUUGCUUGAUAGGUCUGAUUGGAACCUUAGCCACUGUAAAACAUCUCCAGUGGACAGCAUCUGGUACACAUUUCGAGGCACUACACUUUGGACAGUAUUGUUCUAUUUACUAAUGUGUCCGUAGACUUAUUUUUUCUAAAUUACUAUAUUCAAUAUAAAAAUAUGACCCACUUUGAAUUUAAUAAAAUAAAAAUCAAACUGGUACAGCUAACACCUUUCCUGAAGGAGAGCUUAUUUUUAUUAAAAAAGAAAAACUCUUCCAGGCUUUUUCCUUGUGAUAUAGUCCUACAUCGUGUAGCUGGGAAAAAUCUCAAAACUCUGACCACAGGAAACCCUAUAUAGUUAAGUUGUCAUAACAAGAUGUUUUAGCAAGCCAAGUUGCUGACCUGUAAACUUUUGAGAAAAAGGUGCAGUGAUUAAACUUUUAACCUAAUCAAUGUAAAUGUAGUAGCUUUUUUCAGAAUCAUUGCAAAUGCGUUCUUGUGUCUCCACAAAUGUGAGACUGUGGUAACUCAAGCAUGUCUACUUCUAGAAAAUUAAUCUGUAGCUAGCUCUAUAUAAAUUGUCCUUCCAGUUUUUGGGGCAGUCAGAGUGAUGGGAAAUUUACAUAAAAGAUUGUACCUGUUCAGGCAUCUAUCGAAACAAAUGGCUGUAGGAUUCUUUUUGGCAUAAAUCCAUCUGAUCUUACUGAACUGAAGGCAGUGUCAUGACUACAGAAAUGAAUAAUAAAUUGAGUACUUAUUAUGCAUUCACCCAGCAGUUGAAAGGUAUGGAAAAAAAAAAAAAAAAAGUUGAAAAAAAAAAAAAGUUGAAAGGCAUGGAAAAAAGAAUGUUACCUGUCAAGAUGCAACCUGUAUCCCUAAAGCUGAGACAAAGUGUUCGACUAAUCUUCUAUGGUAAAUGUUAGUAUUUUAAUUACAUAAAAGUUAAUGGAAUUCAUCGGCCUUUUGUAAACUCUAAUGCAUUGUACUUUAUUCUUGCUUGGUCAGGGAAAUCUUAGGUAAAACACUUCUGAAAGUGAUUUUGAAACAAAGUAUUUUCUUGUAACUUGUUACCUUGUUUGUGAUGUGGCUGUAAUUCAGACUUUUUGGUUGUAUUAAGUCUUAGCCCGUUAGUUCAGAGACGUGCAUUUAUACACUUAUUUUUUUAAUUUUAUUUUUUUUUUAUUUUUUUUACUCAACCUCUUGGUAGUGAUGAAGACCUGCUUUUGGUAACUCAAUAUGAUAUUUGACUCUUGAACUUCUCUCUGAACUUGGUUAGCUAUUUAUGGCAUACUUGCACAGUGCAGAAGCAACUGCAUGCAGUCCUGCUCUACAGCUGCUAAGACUUGCAACAAGAUUCACUAUAUGUAUAUCCUGUAAUUUGAGAAUUUUAGAAAAACUGAAAUUUCUACUGUAAUAAAAGGAGUGUUAAAUGUAAUCUACUAGGCUCUUCAAGCUUAUUUUUCUAACAGAACAUACUGAUGCUUAAACCUGGAAGUUGAGCGGAGUGCAGUCGUGUGCAUGUUCUCUUGUCCCCACUGCCACUUCUGAAUCAGGAAAUAAUUAAUGUCUUGUGUGUUUCUAAAAGGUGAAUUUAUAGGGAAUUUUUGCCAUAUAAAGUGACUCUUCAAAGUUUAACUCAAGAAUAAGCACUACAAGAGUGGUAUCUAAUAGGAGUGGAAAUCCAGACCAACUUCUGACCAUUUCUCCAUUUCAGCAUUGUUCUAGACCCUGUUUGAUGUUACAUGAUGUAUUUUCAAGUGGUGAUGUCAGACUUUGCACCACUGUAACUUUAAAAUAAAGUUGGUCACCUAGGAGUAUACUGUGAGUGGAAGGCAAAUGAGGGCUCUGGUAAUUGGUGUAAGCAAAGUAACAUUACUCUUAAUUUCUGAGUCAGUAUUGCGCUCUAAGACUGCUUUUAUUAUGGGCCCAGCUUACUGUUCCUUUUGUUGUAUGCUGUUACUGGUAUGUUAGCGAAUCUUAGCAAAGAGUGUAAGCCAGGUCUGAGAUAUUACAAAAGUAGAAGGAUGCUGAGUUUUGAGACCCAGCUUUUUGAAACCCUUUAUGAAUGGGCAAGGAAGAGUAAAAGGAUUAAAUGAGUGACACUUCAAUAGGUGGAGAACUGGAAGACUCAUGAAAUAAGAGUUUAUAUAUGGAUAUGGAAUACCUUGCUAGCCUUUUCUUUUAACUAGUUUUAGAAGUGGGUUGAGGAGAGGAAGACUUAUAAAACAAAUUUGAUUUGGCUAGUCUUGCAUUUGUAUGCAUGCUUUGCUGAGACUUGCCAGCAAAACUGAGGGCUGGGUUUUUUGCUUGUGGCCUGGAAAAAUUUACUUGCAAGGUAGGCCAAGAAAACAUGGAACAAGGAGAUGACCUCCAAGCAAAAUGAAUCGGGCUACUGACCUUCACUCUGUAUCAACUUUAAGUUACUCUAGUCUUAGACUAGCCUAAGUGAUAAUAUUGAGAUUUCCCAGUGCUGCCUGAUUUCUGUCUUGUGCCUUCUUCCUAACCACAGUUUGUGACUGUUUCUAUACUAACAACUAAACACAUGAAAUGCUAGUUGUAACCUGACAGUUUGAGAUCUUUCUAGUUAAAAAAAAAAAUGUUUGGGUGUUUUUUUUCCUUUUCUCUCUCUCUUUUUUUUUUUUUUUUCUUCCUGCUGGCCAUGAUGCAGAGCCUGUAGCAGGAGCUGGUAAUAGCUAGAGAAAUUUAGUAACUGAUUGUGUAAUCCAUUUGGCACACCCCAAAUGUGAAGAGGAGCAUCCUUGUCCUAGUGAAACUUUGCCAGCCUAAUGUGGUAAUUGUUUCUGCUUUUUCUUUUUUUUCUUUUCUUUUCUUUUUUUCUUUUUUUUUUUUUUUUUUUUUUAACUUAGCUUUCAUAAGUUUAAGUACCACUGCAUAAAUUCUGUGGUAGAUCAUACCCCUCACUGUUGCACAAGCUUGCUGUAGAAGUGAGGUUCCAACAUAAGGCUCUAGUCCUGAUGGUUUAUUUCUCUACAGGUGAGAACAGACAAAUUAGGUCUGUUGGGAACUGCUAGUUCUGGUUGGGAUUUCUUAUAAGCAAAUAAUCCACUAAUACAUCCAUGCUUCCUUUAUUGUCCUUUAUUUAAUUUUAUACUUUUAGCAUUGUGCAGUUCUAUGCAUUCUGUUUCCUGAUAACAGAAGUGUUAACUGUUCCAUGAUGGAUGUUGAAGGGGAGCAAUAUCUACUAGUAUAUUAAGUUUCAUGUUUAACAAACUUUAUUAUAAUUGCAAGUCAGUGUCUGUUGUGGCUGUUUCUGAGCUACAGGUUAGUUUGAGCUGAAUUUGUACUGUUUGAGCUAUAUGUUUUGUGUGCUGUUCAAAUAGAUUGCAUAGCUGAUUGUUUUGUACCCUGUGUUGGUCCCUUUUUAUUAUUAAUCACUUGUAUCACAGUAUUUGCUGUAGAGAUCCCUUGAUAAUUAAGGAAUUACAGUUAUUGCCAGUUUUGCAGAUAGGAACUGAGGCAGAGAAGGAAAGAUCACUUUCCCAAGGCUCUCUAAGAGCUUUAGCAGAACAGGAAGUGAAAACAAAAAUAAAAAUGUUGGACAAGU